CAGGCCUGGGCCUCCUGCUGCUGACCCAGCCCCAGAGGCGUUAGCAAGAGCCCCGCGCCAUCCAUCGCCCCAGAGACCACCCCUCCUACCAGGGGCCUGGAGCUGGCGAGUGACUAUGCGGCUUGGGCUGUGUGUGGUGGCCCUGGUUCUGAGCUGGAUGCACCUCUCUGCUGGCCGGGGGACCAAGGGGAAGAGACAGAGGCGGAUCAGUGCCGAGGGCAGCCAGGCCUGCGCCAAAGGCUGUGAGCUCUGCUCUGAGGUCAACGGCUGCCUCAAGUGCUCGCCCAAGCUGUUCAUCCUGCUGGAGAGGAACGACAUCCGCCAGGUGGGCGUCUGCUUGCCGUCCUGCCCGCCUGGGUACUUCGAUGCCCGCAACCCCGACAUGAACAAGUGCAUCAAAUGCAAGAUUGAGCACUGCGAGGCCUGUUUCAGCCACAACUUCUGCACUAAGUGUAAGGAGAGCUUGUAUCUGCACAAGGGCCGCUGCUACCCGGCCUGUCCCGAGGGCUCCGCAGCUGCCAACGGCACCACGGAGUGCAGCAGUCCUGUGCAAUGCGAAAUGAGUGAGUGGGCCUCGUGGGGGCCGUGCUCCAAGAGAAAGAGGCUCUGUGGAUUCCGGAGGGGCUCUGAGGAGCGGACGCGAAGGGUGCUCCAUGCACCUGGCGGGGACCUUGCCAUGUGCUCCGACACCAAAGAGAUCCGGAGGUGCACAGUGCGGAGGACGCCCUGUCCUGAGGGGCAGAAGAGGAGGAAGGGAGGCCAGGGCCGGCGGGAGAAUGCCAACAGGAACCCGAGCAGGAAGGAGAGCAAGGAGGCGGGCACUGGCUCUCGGAGGCGCAAGGGCCAGCAGCAGCGGCAGCAGCAGCGGCAGCAAGGGACAGUGGGGCCGCUCACAUCUGCAGGGCCCACCUAGGGACAUUCUUUAGCUUCCAGGCCCAGGAGCCAAAGCAGAAAGAAUGAUGGA